AUGAUUCCAAUUUCUUACUUCUCCUGCGUUUACUUACCAUUUUUUGAGUAUCAGGCUAGGGUGAAAGGUGUUUGCGAACUGCUAUGGUUGAAAAGGCUUAUGGGGGAGCUGGGUUUUCCUACUGAGGAUACUAUGCAGUUGUAUUGUGAUAAUCAGUCAGCAAUUAAGAUUGUUAAAAAUCCAAUUCAACAUGAUAGAACGAAACAUGUAGAGAUUGAUCGGAACUUUAUUUAUGGAAAAUUGGAAGAGAAGAUUAUUGAAGUUUCGUAUGUUAAGACUGCUGAACAAUUGGUGGAUAUAUUGACAAAGGCUGUACCAAAUCAAGCCUUUACUGAUUCACUUUUCAAGCAUGACAUCUGUGACAUCUAUGCACUAUCUUGA